CUUAUUAAAUAGAUGUCAUGUUGCUAAUAUUGAAAGUUUUUGAUUGCCCUAAAUGAAGCAACUCUGAAAAUGGCAAAUAGGAAGAAAGUCGCCUUGCUGACGAUAUACGAUAGCAACGAUGUUUGGAGUGCCAUUAUCCGGGCAUUAGAAGACUCAUCAGGCCAGCAUUCCGAUUGGGCGACAUCGAAAUUUAUCGAAGAUUUCAUUCUGUCGAAAUGCGUUAUCAGGUUGCCUGGAUGUCAACCUGGUGGAAAUUCCAGCAUCGAUGUUCGGAACAGCUUGAGAAGAGCUUUGAAAACAGCACACGAAGAAGGCGCACUGGAGAAGCGUGGAAAUAGAUACAAGCUAACGAGUUUCUCAUACGAUUAUGCGCCUCCCUUAAAAGUCCAAAAGGAAAAGAGAAAGACUACGUUGUCACAGAAUAUUCCAGAUGUUGCACCAAGGAAGCUUCAUCUGUGUACAAUUUGCCAGAAGUCUGGUAGUUUAAAAAAUUUCAUCAAAUGCACUCAGUGCGAAUGUUCAGUCCACGUUAUCUGUCUCCAUUACUCCCCUGAGUUGAUAGAAGUUCUCGUCAAAACCGAUAGCUUCUCUUGGACAUGUUGGGACUGCAAAACAUGUGCUUCAUGUGGAAUGCCGUCUUAUUACAAUCCACAACAAACAGUCGCUAGAACUUCAACAGCUAGUGCAACUACUCACGUAGCGUGCAGUAAUUGCGAUUUACUCUACCACACUCGUUGUCUGUCAUCUAAAUCGAAUCCAAAUCCAAAAGAUCGUAAGAAAUUGUUAAACUGGAUGUGCGAAAAAUGCGAUGAUCAUAUAAAACGCGGUCUGUACUUGAACCUCAACUAUUUGCGACAGCAACAGAAUAUAGCAGUUCGAUGUCAAGUCAGUCCAUCGACAACUAACCGACUGAUGUCGCAAUAUUCAAAUCCAGCAAUGAAAUCGAGUAGCCCAGAAUCGUUUUCGAGUCAUUCAGAAGAUUCAAAUUCUUCUCAUCCUUCAGUUGAUCAGAUUUCGCUCCCUAAAUCAGGCUCCUUGCUGAAAAAAAUUAGAAGCUCAGAAGAUCUAAAACCGAGUAAGCCGAAAGAGUUAGUGGAUGGUUUGACUUCGUUUUUCGUGCCUACUGCAGGUAGCAGACGUACAACUUUAAAAACCGAAAAAAGUUUUCUGUCGAUGCAGAAACGUUGGGGCUCGCAGUGGACAUCAAAUAACCUGAAGAAAAAAUAUGUUAAGAAUGCAAUAAACAAUCAGAAUAAUGUUAAAACACAAAGAAAUACGCUGACAGCAAUGAAAAGGAAGACGGGGAUCAAUGGUUUAAUUGAUGGUCUGUCGCAUUUGUACAAAGUGGAGAAGCCUUCGACAUCCGGAUUAAAAGUACCUCCGAAGUCGUUCAAAGAACUUCUAAAUAAAAAGAGAGACGGAGUGAUUCGUAGUAAUAACAUGUUGACUACAACCACAACGCGCUCCUUCAGGAAAGUGAAGCCGAAGAAUUUGGACUUCCCUCCUUUAGUGGCGACACCGCCGGUUCUCGUGAAUGAAGACAGUGUCCCCUUGUCAGAAGAAUCAGACAUGUCCCAUUCGUCCCAGCAGCAAGAGGAAAAAGCGCGAAUAGUUACCGAACAGCAAUUGAAGUCGAUCCCAGUUCCCAAGAACCUCCCGCCUGGCUGCUCCAUGGAAGACUGGAACCUCAUGAAGAAAGCGGAGAUCGAAAGCGAACUGGGACUGACUCGCAUCGAUAAUCCGAACAUCAGAUGUCCGUCAGUCGUCGAAUUUGCGCAAUGUGAAAUAACAACAUGGUACUCAUCACCAUACCCACAAGAAUAUAGGCUACAACGACUAUUCCUCUGUGAAAUGUGUCUGCAAUAUGUCAAGUCUAGACAAACGCUCAUCGGCCAUAUGCGCAAGUGUGCUAAUCGACACCCCCCUGGCCGAGAGAUCUACAGGCAGAAUAAUUUAGCAAUUUUUGAAGUGGAUGGAAAUCAGGCGAAGUUGUAUUGCCAGAAUAUAUGCUUGCUGGCCAAGUUGUUUCUGGAUCAUAAGACGCUGUAUUAUGACGUGGAGCCGUUUUUGUUUUAUGUUUUGGCUGUGGAUAAUGCGAGGGGGUGUCAUUUUGUGGGGUACUUCUCGAAGGAAAAGUUCUGCCAACAGAAGUACAAUCUCAGUUGUAUUAUGGUUCUUCCUUCGUACCAGAAGAAAGGCUACGGCAAACUCCUCAUCGACUUCUCCUACCUCCUAAGUCGGGCAGAGAACCAACUGGGUAGUCCGGAGAAACCACUUAGUGACCUGGGAAGAAUAAGUUACUACUGCUACUGGAAAGGAGUGAUCAGUAAAUUGCUGGAUCGGAACUUCACUUUUGUGGAAGAACUGAAGAUCAGGGAUCUGUGCAACAUGACUGGAAUGAGUGCUGCGGAUGUGGCAGUGGCACUGAUGAAGCUGGGCUACGUCACCACAACCAAACCGAAGGACUCAAUGGAGGUCCCACAAGUGUGCAUUGAGGUAACAAAAUGGCAGCAGGAAGAGUUGAAGGCAAAAGAAGCUAAAGGACCCUCAAUAGAACUGGAUGCGAGGUAUCUGCACUGGACUCCAAUAGAUCGAUCUAGAUCACCAAGUCCCCAUAAGCGCUUGACCUCGCCUUCCGCUAUCGGGUCUUCCGAGGACUCGGAACCAGACGUCACUCUAGUCUCCCCUCGAGUAAGAGGCAGACCUCCGACCACAGACGACAAAAAUAAAUCGAGGAAACACAAGCGAAAAUCGGAUCCGAGGUCUAACAGCUCAGAAAUAAGAGAAAGUGAGCUGCUAGUUGAACGGCGGAAAAGUCUUGCUUCUAAAAUGGAGAUACCAGAAACUCCAAAUCGAAAAUUACUGGGAGAUGUCAAAAAAGAAUCGGAAACGCCAAAUGGAAUCAAAAAGGAAACAGAAACGAUUAAUUCGACAGUUCAAGAAUCGAAAACGGGAAAGUUGAGAAGGUUUAAUUUGUCUAUGACACCACAGAGUAGCCCUGAUGUUAAAAAGACACCAGGACCCUCUAAUACAUUUCGGAAGAGCGAUGGAAAAUUUGCUUCCCCGCCAAAAGCUGAAACGCCGAAGCUCAGUGCAGAUAAUUCAAAGAAACUUCAUGAAAAAACUGCAGAUUCCAAGCAAAAUGAACCUAGGAAAUCAAAUUCAGGUGGUAUAAUAGUGACACUUCCCAAUAUAGCGAUGACAGAAAAGACUAAUAAACAUAAAACGUGUAGUAAAAUCAAUAUUUCUGAAAAGUUGUUCGCCCCUGAUAAUGCAAAAUACUCGCCGAUCACGAGCAAAAGAGCAACUCGGUCGGAAAUAUCGACACACAACGGUUCGUCGUCAAGUUUGAAGCAUGAAAAUAAUUCAGAGCUUGUGAAAAUAUUACCAAGGCCUCCCGGAUCAGGAGCUGGUGCUAAGAUGACACGAGCUGAAGCAUCUAAGCUGAGAGCCAGACAAAUGUUCCCUAGAUUCGAUAUCAAAGGAGGUAAAAGGAAAUGGGGCUCAAAUGAGAGUAACUUGACCAGUCAAGAGAAAUCCAGAGCGGCGAAGAGACGACUUCAGUGCUCAGUUGAGGCAUCGAAAAGUGAAGUAUCAAAUAACGGCAUUGAUUCAAGUCAAAAGUCGACAAAGUUUAGUAAUUCUACACCACAAUCGGAAGUGAAUGAUUAUCAAGAAAGCAAAAGAGCAAAACAUGGUCAAUCAGUACAGAGGCUACCUUCUCUCAAAGAUUACAAAAUUCCGAAGAAUCGAAAGAAACAGAAAAGUCUCAAAACUAAAAACGACGAAAAUGAAAUCAAAAACGGAGAUUUAUCAGAGGAGUCAGAUGACAAUGAUAAAGAAGCGUCACCAAAAAGUGUAAUAUCAACUCGAAAUUCUUCAAGAUCUCCAGAUAAAUCAGAAAAAGGAGCGGACAAUACUACGAUGAACGGUGCGACGGAAUCGAAUAAAAAUUUGGAACCAGAACGCUCGUCGCCUAGGAGAAAGGAUGUUUCUAAUCGCACGGAUUCAGUCUAUCCUCUUAGAAAAGUGACAAAUAAUAGCCCUGUUUGUCAAGUAAAUACGGCAACAUUGCAUAAUAACAAUAAUAUCAAUAUCGAUGUCGACCUUUCAAAUCAUGACCCGAAAAGGAAAAAUGUUUUCGAUGCAUUUUUUGUUUGUGAUUCAACUGUUUCUUCAGACGGCGAAAUAGGAGUCCAAGUUAGAACUAAUUCAGUUUCAAGUACUAGAAGUUAUAAUAUAGAAGAGCCUGAGAUAUUCUAUGAGUCAGAAUCCAGUCCAUUAGCUAAAGAAGUGCAAUGUAGUGAUAGUAAUUUUGUAACUAGUGGAGUUAUAACUAAUGCCCAUAGUUUGAAUUUGCCGACGUCUAGAAUCGUAGUCGAGGAGUCGACGCUUCCUGAUUCGACCACUCCCGAUGUUGAGAUGAUCAUUUCAAGUAAAACAAAACGAACGGAUUCCUCCUCAGAUGAAAUUCCUUCCCCGAAACAAGCCAAAAUUUGUCAUUCACCCAAGUACGUUGACCGUUCACCGGAGCCAGAAAUUAUCAGAUCCGAGUUUUUACAAAUGCGUUCUUCAGAACAAAAGUCAAUCUUGCAGGCGAAUCAAAAUUUGGCGGAUACUGCGUCUAGUCAAAAGUCAGACCUAAAAAUCAAAACUAAUAUCUCGAGUAAUAAGAACUUAGCAGUUGAAGUAAAAGAAAAUAUAUUGAAUAUUAAAUCUGAAACAGAUUUGAAUGAAAGUUCGGCUCAAUUGGAAAACAUUGGUUUUAAAACGGAAUUCUGUGAUGAAAGUUCCGAAUUAAAAUUUAGCAAAGAUGCUUCAGAUUUUGCUUCGAAAUCGGAAGUAUUGGAGGUGAAAACUGAAGUGCCAGAAUUGGUUAAUUCUCUCACAGAUGACGAAGGAAGCAUAGAAGUUUGUGAAAUUGAACUGAGCUACUCGGACGCCGAAGUCGAAAAUGAAGAGAGCCGACAAAUUAUCUAUCCCAAUUCCGAAAUUGAAAAUGAAGUUAAAUCACAAAAUCUCCUCGAAGAAAAUGAAAAAUUUUACGAUUGCAUUGAUCAAUCAUUCGCAAAUCAAGCUUCAUGUGUAAACGAAGAAAAUAAUUGUCAAACUAAUUCUAUUGGGAAUCAAGAAUAUUUCGAUCAAACUGCCAAUCCGGAAAAUGGAAACUAUGAAACUUUUCAUGAUGUUGAUUGGCGUCAUACAACAUCAAUGCUAAGUCAAGAUUCCUCUGUAAAUCAAUCGUUCAGUCAGGAGGCGCCAAAUAACGAUAUCAAUAAUUUUGUGCCUGAAAUUCCUAUAGGGCUACUAAUGGAUAAUAUUCCUUCGUUCGGAAGGCCAAAACCAAUAUCACUUGAGAGCUCAUCUCAACAUUCCGAAAAUGGGUCUACGUUCUCACAUGAACCUAUAGAAGACUCCUUUGAGUCAAUAAUGCCUAAUAAAAAAUCUGAAUGUUCCGCGGCUCCUCAAGAUUCGUUUCAAAGAUUGGAGCAAGAUCUGAACAGGAAUCGUACCCAGUGGGACUCGCCUAGAACCUGGAGUGGAGCUCCUGGUAAUGCAAGACGCCUCGGCACGUCGCCGUCAAGUUCCGUGCCUGGAAGUUUUUCGGCAGGAUCCGCAGAUUUUCCCUGGCGAAGCAAUUUAGGUCGGGAUCCAACACCGGAACCCCCUAGAAGAUCACAAUUUUUAGCGUCUUUAAUUUCGCCCUCGCAAGUAAGAAGUGCCUCAUUGGAGUCGAAUCCGCCGCCAAUUAUUCCGAUUCACAGGAUGAAUAAUAAUGAGGAAUCGGUUGAAAGUUGGAAAAAUUGGAGACGACAUAAUAACAAUAAUGAUCAAAGUCCACCUCGGGAAGCUCCAGUGAUCUCGCCCGGAACCAUUGCGAGUGCGGUCGGAACGUCAAGUCAUUCGCCAACCGACCCAAGUCCCUCUACGGGACGAAGAAUCAAACUUGACCGAAGGAGUUUCCGACAGUCGACCAGUGAAGACCGCCGAGUCGAGAAUCCAAAUCCGGUUGACUUCCGAUCGUUUCCCUUGAAUAUUCCACUGGAUCGCACGGAAAGCCCAGAGAAUCAAUACGAUCAUAGGUGCUCGGAACGCCCGUACAAGCAUCUGGCUUCUAAUGAGUAUGAUCAUGGCAAUUGGUAACUCAAGUGAUCGCCCUUUUGCGAUUUUGGAGCUCCAAAGUUUCUGGAAAAACGAGUGACCCCAAGCAUAGACUUGUUCCCUGUAUUAUGUAUGUCGUUUUACAACGUGUAGUUAAUUUAUUUGUGGAAAUUGGUUCUAAAUUGUUAAUCUACAGCUAGUGAAUCUAGUCGAAGCUUGCUAGAAUUGAUUUCUUUCUCUACUUGAAUCGAAUCUUUCGCGUUAUUAAUCAUUUGAUGUAAGUUUUGUUUUAUAUUUCGUAAUUCUUUCGCUGUAAUUAAUCUGCAAGCCAGCUGCCCCAUUUUAUUUUGUUCCCAUUUUUUGAAUUAAUUCAAUUGA